UGUUGCCGGCGAUCCUCGCACCUAUUCUUUGGUCGUCGGUCUCUGUGACGGCUUCGUUGACAGGGAUUCAAGCUAAAUCCCUACUCGUCAUGCGGUCGGCAUUGACCUUCCUUCUGGGGAUCGCUCUAGCGACCCCGACGACCGCAUAUGCAGUGUGGGAGGACUUUUCUGAUGCAAACUUGAUGUACAGACCCGAUUCUAUCUUUGAACGAGCCGCCGACAACCCGUCCUGUUUCAACUGUCAACUCGACUCCUACAACUGCACCCACUUCGCCGACUGCAACAAAUACAACGGCAAAUGCUCCUGCCCUCCCGGUUUCGGCGGAGAUGACUGCCUCACACCAACAUGUGGCUCCCUAGCUGAUGGCCAGAAUCGAUUCCCAAGAACGGGCGGCUCCUGCGAAUGUAAAGAUGGCUGGGGUGGCAUCAACUGCAACGUCUGUGAGCAGGACAGUGCCUGCGAUGCGAUGAUGCCCGAAGGCAAAGACGGAGCAUGCUAUAAGGAUGGUGUUACAGUCAAGGAGAACUUUCAGAUGUGUGACGUGACCAACAAGGGUAUCUUGAAUCAGCUUGGAGAUCGCAAGCCACAGGUUACCUUCUCCUGCACUGCUGAAGAUCACACCUGUAAUUUCCAGUUCUGGGUCGGACAGAAAGAAUCAUUCUACUGUGGUCUAGACAAGUGUAACUGGAACAUGGAUGUUCAAGCUGAUCAGAAUGUCACCGCUUACGAAUGCGAAACUAUGGAUUGCAGGUGUAUACCCGGUCGUUUCCUCUGUGGUGAGAACGGCUCGGUCGACAUUGGGGUGUUCCUCGACCAGUUGAUCAAGGGACCCGCGUCCUUCACGACGACUGCGACAAACGAAGGCACCAAGAGCACUUUCUCAGAAAAGGAGAUGAACGGUCUUAUCAAGACUUUCUUCGGUGAGCCCAGCAUCUAUCUUUCCUGCAAUGCCGGAGAGUGUCUUUAUAAGACCGACUUGCCAGGCUACCAGCGGCCUGUCAAGAAGAUCAAUACCCCUCUCAUUGCAGGUGUUAUUGCUGGCUGUGGCCUCUUUGUCGUGGCCGUCAUCUUGCUCGUUUGGUAUCUGUCUCGACGAGCUGCCCGUCGUGGCUACCUUCGUCUCUCUCUGUCAGACGACUCGGACGACGAUACAGCAAAACUGCUAUCUGAGCACCGCCAAGCGGCUCUAUACUGGGAGAACGUGUCCUACGAUCUAAACGGGAAAGAAAUCCUGUCGAAUAUUCAGGGCGCCUCCACUCCCGGUGAGAUUACUGCUAUUAUGGGAGCCUCUGGAGCCGGAAAGACCACUUUCUUGGACAUCUUAGCCCGCAAGAAUAAGCGUGGUACUGUCCAUGGUGACUUCUACGUGAAUGGCGAGAAGAUGAGCCAUGAGGAUUUUAAAAGCAUGAUUGGCUUUGUUGAUCAAGAAGAUACGAUGCUUCCUACCCUGACGGUUCAUGAGACUAUCCUCACCAGUGCAUUGUUGAGACUUCCCAGGGAUAUGACUAGAGCAGCGAAGGAGCAAAGGGUAUAUGAAGUGGAAAAGCAACUUGGGAUUGGUCAUAUCAGAGACCAGAUUAUCGGUUCUGAAGAAGGGAAAGGCCGUGGCAUUUCUGUAUCUUGUUCUUGGAUGAACCAACCAGCGGUCUGGAUGCAUUCAACGCAUUCAAUGUGGUUGAGUGCUCUCGUCACGUUGGCCAAAACGUAUAACCGUACUGUCAUUUUCACCAUCCACCAGCCUCGCUCCAAUAUCGUUGCUCUCUUCGAUCGAUUGAUCCUCCUUGCAGGAGGGCGCACUGUAUACUCGGGUCCCUUCUCUUCUUGCCAGGCGUAUUUUGACCAAAUCGGCUACUCUUGCCCGCCGGGCUUCAAUAUUGCUGACUACUUGGUUGAUUUGACCAUGCAUGCUGGUGGCAGCCAACCUUUCACGGACGAAAUGAAUUCUCCGGUGGAAGGAAGGCCACCUAAGACCGCUUCGAGUAGUUUGAGAGCCAUCAAAUCUGUUGCGAGUGCAUCAAAUGUGAGCUUCGAGGAGACAUCCAGCGGUACUACAGACCCAACUCGGCGAUCGAUGCAUAAGCACAAGCUCUCAUUAAAGCAGCAACAAGAACUUAUGCUGAACAAGCCCCGGAACACCAAGACUGAUGAUGAAGACGCCACACUCGAGACCGUCGAGAACACAGACCAAUGGCUGCGUCUUUCGCGCCAACAGGGUGAUGUCCCCCCACAAGUAUUAGAAGAUCCAGAUCAGCUUCCUCCGCCCGCCCCUGGCCAAAGUGACCUUGAUAUCCUCGUCAGCAGCUUCGCUGAAUCUGAUGUGGCCAGCUACGUCCACGCCGAGAUCGUGGCUGCAGUGCAAAGUGCACAGGCUGCUAACGGUUCCACGAAUUCGGAUGCCCUGGGUGGACCCGUGCAAUGUCAGCCCCAAGGCUUUGCUCGUAUCAGCCUGGGACGGCAAUUCUUGAUUCUGUCUCAACGUACCUGGCGAAAUCUUUACCGCAAUCCCAUGCUGAUGCUCACUCACUAUGCCAUCUCGAUCCUCCUUGCCGUCUUCGCUGGAUACCUCUUCUACGGUCUGACAGACGAUAUCAAGGGCUUCCAGAACCGCCUCGGUCUGUUCUUCUUCAUCCUUGCCCUGUUCGGGUUCAGCACCCUGACAAGUCUCACGGUAUUCUCCACCGAGCGCCUACUGUUUGUGCGGGAGCGUGCCAAUGGAUAUUACCAUCCGAUCACGUACUUUGCGUCUAAGGUGCUAUUUGAUAUUGUACCCCUGCGACUAAUUCCUCCCAUCAUCAUGGGUGUCAUUGUUUAUCCAAUGACGGGGCUCAUUCCUGCGUGGCCCGAGUUUUCACGGUUCAUGUUGAUUCUUGUUCUGUUCAACUUGGCCGCGGCCAACAUUUGUCUCUUCAUUGGCAUCGUCUUCCGUGAUGGUGGUGUCGCCAAUCUGAUCGGAAGUUUGGUUAUGCUCUUCAGUCUGCUGUUCGCCGGUCUCCUGUUGAACCAUGACGCAAUCCCAGCGUCUGCGCUAUGGCUACAAAGUCUUUCCAUCUUCCACUAUGGAUUCGAGGCUCUCAUCGUGAACGAGGUCACUUUUCUCACCCUCAUUGAUCACAAGUACGGGCUGGAUAUCGAGGUACCGGGCGCCUCAAUCUUGAGUGCCUUCGGCUUCGACAAUCUCGCCUAUUGGUACGAUGUUGGUGGGCUUGCUGUCAUCUCAGCCGUCUUUAUUGUGAUUGCAUAUGCAGCCAUGCAUUUCCUUCUUGUUGAGAAACGAUAA